CAAAUUGGCGAGCAGGAGAAUCGUCCAAUCGGGCGGCGACAGAUGGCAAAGGGGUGGGACCAAGGCUAAAAAAAAAACGGCCGUUUUGGAGGCGGGGCUUCUUCUUGGCUGUAAAUUGUAAAAUUUGCCUCAGACAAUCUCGGGACGCCGAGAGAGAAGGCAGCUUGGCCUGGGAGCCAUUCUGAAGGCCUGGGUCGGAAGAAAGAAAGAAAGAAAGAAAGGGCAGCCGCGGCUAGAAGGCCCGAAGAGACAGGCUCCGUUUCUGAAGCAGAAAUGGCAAAGCCUUGUGAAACGGACGGAAGAAAUAAAGGCAAAAUUUUUGAAAAUUUCCACAGCUUUUUCUGAAGGGACCAGCGCUGAAUUCAAGUCAACGUGAAGAAAGAAACAAAAGGUCGAGAGACAGAGGACGGAAGAUGCUUGAAGACACCCUCGCAAGGACACCGCCUGCCUCCCAAAAAAGGUCGUUUUCAGGGUAAUUGGUGUAAGGGUAGGCAUUUAAUGUCUAUCUUUGCAUUAAAAAAAGGGUUACCUUUGCACACGGUUCCCCUCGCGUGUGGUAUCGAAGAAGUCCCACUCGGGAACGGACGGGUCCUCCCUUUGUUCUAGGCAGAUGAUGGGUCUUCCUAUACGGGCCGUAGGGGUCACAGCUUGGGGGUCAGCGGGGGGCCUGCCCUGGCAUCGCGGGGGGCAGCACACAUUACGGGCAUUUUAAGAUGUCCUUGCAACUUAGAAAUAAAAAUAUUAAUACCUUAACUCACUUACUAACAUCCUACUAACACCAUUCUAAAUAGGGUACCCUGCCCUUUUAAAUAGGACUGUGUUCUGCCUGAUGGCAAGAACCAAGCUGGGAAGGGAGGGGGCCUCCUGGCCCCCCAUAAAAGGGCCCCCAUGGAAGGACAUUGCAAAAGGCCCCUAAGGUGUCCUGAGAGCAGCCUCUUGGUCCUCAGUGUUCCCCACGGUGCCAGGUCUGGGCCCCUCGCUCUCCCCCAACCCAUGGACCCUGCCGCUUGUAUAUCAUCCGUCCAGGGCCAACGGACGCCCCCUCCCUCCCCGGGCGGAGCUUCGAGGCCACACUCAAGGGGAGACCAGAGCCGUGUGCCUCAUGCCAACGCCUAGCACGUGGCGAACCUUUUUUUUUACUGCAAACAUAGGCAUCAUGAUUGUGAUUUUUGUUAAUUCCUUUUAAUUUUAAUUGUUUGUAUUCGAUAGCAUGGUAGGCUGGUUUUAUAUCAGUGAGCCGCCCCGAGUCCCUCUGGGGAGACGGUGGCAGGGUACAAAAAUAAAAUUAUUAUUAUUAUUAUUAUUGAUUCGAGGCACCUGGAAAAAGAAAUACCAGGAAGCAGAUAAAAUUAUUAUUAUUAUUGAUUCGAGCCACCUGGAAAAAGAAAUACCAGGAAGCAGAUAAAAUUAUUAUUAUUAUUAUUAUUAUUAUUAUUAUUAUUAUUGAUUACAGGCACCUGGAAAAAGAAAUACCAGGAAGCAGAUAAAAUUAUUAUUAUUAUGAUUAUUAUUAUUAUUGAUUCCAGGAAAAAGAUAUACCAGGAAGCAGAUAAAAUUAUUGUUAUUGUUCUUGUUGUUGUUAUUAUGUAGGACCCCCUUUUAUUUAUGUAAGGCCACACACCCAGGGGACCACUAUUCCUAAUUAAAGCCUGGUUAAAGGGGAUCCUCUAUUCUUAAAGUUAGGCGUAUAGAGAUCUCCUAUCCAGAAACUAAUGCGGCCUGCCCUAUAGAGAUCUGUUAAACCAAGGCGGCCUGCCCUAUAGAGAUCUCCUAUUUCACGUAACACCAGGCAAUAUGGAGAUCCCUGGUUUUUUUAACCGUUAAAUCCCUUACGUGGGGAUAUCCCUGGUUAUUUUAACCGUUAAAUCCCUUACGUGGGGAUAUCCCUGGUUAUUUUAACCUUUAAGUCCCUUAUGUGGGGAUAUCCCUGGUUAUUUUAACCUUUAAGUCCCUUACGUGGGGAUAUCCCUGGUUAUUUUAACCUUUAAGUCCCUUACGUGGGGAUAUCCCUGGUUAUUUUAACCUUUAAGUCCCUUACGUGGGGAUAUCCCUGGUUAUUUUAACCUUUAAGUCCCUUACGUGGGGAUAUCCCUGGUUAUUUUAACCUUUAAGUCCCUUACGUGGGGAUAUCCCUGGUUAUUUUAACCUUUAAGUCCCUUACGUGGGGAUAUCCCUGGUUAUUUUAACCUUUAAGUCCCUUACGUGGGGAUAUCCCUGGUUAUUUUAACCUUUAAGUCCCUUACGUGGGGAUAUCCCUGGUUAUUUUAACCUUUAAGUCCCUUACGUGGGGAUAUCCCUGGUUAUUUUAACCGUUAAAUCCCUUACGUGGGGAUAUCCCUGGUUAUUUUAACCUUUAAGUCCCUUACGUGGGGAUAUCCCUGGUUAUUUUAACCGUUAAAUCCCUUACGUGGGGAUAUCCCUGGUUAUUUUAACCUUUAAGUCCCUUACGUGGGGAUAUCCCUGGUUAUUUUAACCGUUAAAUCCCUUACGUGGGGAUAUCCCUGGUUAUUUUAACCUUUAAGUCCCUUACGUGGGGAUAUCCCUGGUUAUUUUAACCUUUAAGUCCCUUACGUGGGGAUAUCCCUGGUUAUUUUAACCUUUAAGUCCCUUACGUGGGGAUAUCCCUGGUUAUUUUAACCUUUAAGUCCCUUACGUGGGGAUAUCCCUGGUUAUUUUAACCGUUAAAUCCCUUACGUGGGGAUAUCCCUGGUUAUUUUAACCUUUAAGUCCCUUACGUGGGGAUAUCCCUGGUUAUUUUAACCGUUAAAUCCCUUACGUGGGGAUAUCCCUGGUUAUUUUAACCUUUAAGUCCCUUACGUGGGGAUAUCCCUGGUUAUUUUAACCGUUAAAUCCCUUACGUGGGGAUAUCCCUGGUUAUUUUAACCUUUAAGUCCCUUACGUGGGGAUAUCCCUGGUUAUUUUAACCGUUAAAUCCCUUACGUGGGGAUAUCCCUGGUUAUUUUAACCUUUAAGUCCCUUACGUGGGGAUAUCCCUGGUUAUUUUAACCUUUAAGUCCCUUACGUGGGGAUAUCCCUGGUUAUUUUAACCUUUAAGUCCCUUACGUGGGGAUAUCCCUGGUUAUUUUAACCUUUAAGUCCCUUACGUGGGGAAAUCCCUGGUUAUUUUAACCUUUAAGGCCAGAUGUGGGGAUUUCCUUGCUUCUUUUAACCCGUGAGGCCAGCCAUGGGGAGAUAUCUUAGGCUGUUUUCACGAAAAGUCAGGUAUAGACGCACUGUUUUCUCUCCCGUUCCAUGUGCCUGGACUCCCGGAGGGCUCCUGCCGGACACCGUCUCCCAUCGGCCGAGAGGGAUCCUUCCUGUCUGGGAAGGAUCUGCAACACAGGUAAAAAGAAGAUUCCGGGAAGGAGAUUCUACAGCGGAGCCCUUAAGCCAGGUGAGACACUCCUUCCAGCCUCCACGGCUGCCUUGCACACACACACACACACACAUGACACACACAAACACACAUGACACACACAAACAUACACAUGUACAGCUGGUGCCCACGGGGACUCUUCCCCAAUAGAUCGGGGACUCCCACUCCGGCGAUUGGCCAUUGUAAAUGCCUUGAAGCAGUUUGGGGCUUCCGGCCAAGCGCUUGCAAAGAGAAUCCAUUCAAGGUUGGACCCCUUUUAAAGGGCCUGGCACGUGGUAUUUAUUCCUGGCACGUGGAAAACUCCAUUUGUAAGGCAAACCCUCGUUAAAGGAGGUUUGCAAUUAGUUUAAAACCAGGCUUCUGAGGGACCCGCUGCGUUUAAAGCCAAACCUAGCAGGUGGGAACCCCUUGGUUAACGUAAGGCGAGGGACCCUCCAUAUUUAAUAAGAUGCCUGGCAGAAUCUUAACCUAAAUGCAGGCCUAUGGGCUACAGCCUAUUCUGCAUAGCCAGGCAUGGGGGGACCCCAGAUUAUUAACUUGAAGCCUGGGAAAAGGAGAUUUUUGUAUUUAUUUAUUUAUUACAAUAUUUAUAUCCCGCCCUCUCUCCCCUUAAAAGGGGACUCAGAGCGGCUUACAAGUGAUAUUUACAUAUUUAUUUAUUACAAUAUUUAUAUCGGCCCUCUCUCCCCUUAAAAGGGGACUCAGAGCGGCUUACAAGUGAUAUUUACAUAUUUAUUUAUUACAAUAUUUAUAUCGGCCCUCUCACCCCUUAAAAGGGGACUCAGAGCGGCUUACAAGUGAUAUUUACAUAUUUAUUUAUUACAAUAUUUAUAUCCCGCCCUCUCUCUCCUUAAAAGGGGACUCAGAGUGGCUUACAAGUUAUAUUUACAUAUUUAUUUAUUACAAUAUUUAUAUCCCGCCCUUCUCACCCAAGAGGGGACUCAGGGCGGCUCAACAAUAAGACGCAUAUAUAAAAACCACACAGUGCAAUAUAAAUCAUCACUAACUUACAUCAGUAUUCAUAAAACACAUUAUAAAAUACAGAUAGGUGUGUUCAGUUCAAAUCCAUUCAAGGUAUACGUGGACCCCCUUUUAAUGCCAACCUUUCCACGUGGAAAACUAUUUGUAAGGCAAACCCUCGUUAAAGGAGGUUUGCAAUUAAUUUAAAACCAGGCUUCUGAGGGAUCCGCUGCGUUUAAAGCCAAACCUAGCAGGUGGGAACCCCUUUGGUUAACGCAAGGUGAGGGACCCUCCAUUUUUAAUAGGAUGCCUGGGAGAAUCUUAACCUAAAAGCAGGCCUAUGGGCUACAGCCUAUUCUGCAUAGCCAGGCAGGGGGGGACCCCAUAUGAUUAAUUUGAAGCCUGGUAAAAGGAGAUUUUUGUAUUUAUUACAUUUAUAUCCCGCCCUCUCCCCUUAAAAGGGGACUCAGAGCGGCUUACGAGUUAUAUUUACAUAUUUAUUUAUUUAUUACAAUAUUUAUAUCCCGCCCUCUCUCCCCUUAAAGGGGACUCAGGGCAGCUUAACAAUAAGACGCAUAUAUAAAAAACCAUACAGUGCAAUGUAAGUCAUCAUUAACUUACAUCAGUAUUCAUAAAACACAUCAUAAAAUACAGAUAGGUGUAUUACAUACACUGUAUCAUUAGCAUCGCACAAUAUUAACAUUAUAUAUUACUACAUUGCAUUAUACCACUAUACAGAAAUGUUAUUAGCAAUAUUACAUUUAAUAUAUUAUAUGUAAUUCAUAUUAUUAUAUUGUAUCAUUGUUAGUAUUAUAUUGCAUUAUUUAUUUAUUUGCUAGAUGUAUAUGCUGCCCUUCUCACCCCCAAGGUGAACAGCUUACAAAAUAAAUUUACAUACAAUAUUAUAUUAUUACCAUAGUACAAUACUGGCAGUAAAUUACUAUAUUGUACUAUAUGAAUAUAUGGUAAUGUUAUUAGUAGUAUUACAUGCAAAAUGUAAUACAUAAUUAAUAUUAUUAUAUUUUAUUAUUAUUAUAUCGUAUUACAAUAUAAUAAUAUGAACAUUAUAUGUAUAUGCAAUAUGUUAUAAUUAUAUAUUAAAUUAUAUAUACACACACACACACACACACACAGUAGUCAUCCAACAUAAAAGGGCCAGCGAAUAUUUAUUUAUUUAUUUACAGCAUUUUACCGGGCUGGCCUCAAACUCAUGACCUCCUGGUCAGAGUGAUUUGUUGAUAUUUAUUUAUUUACAGCAUUUAUAUUCCGCCCUUCUUUCUCACCCCGAAGGGGACUCAGGGCGGAUCACAUGACACAUAUAGGCAAACAUUCAAUGCCUUUUAACCUAGAACAAAGACAAACAAACAGGCUCCGAGCGGGCCUCGAACUCGUGACCUCCUGGUCAGAGUGAUUCAUUGCAGUUAAUUGCAGCUGGCUUGCUUUCCAGCCUGCGCUGUUGGAUAAUAAGGAGGCAUUAUGGAAAAGCCUAUUAAACAUCAAAUUAGUUGAUGAUUUUACAAAUUAAGCACCAAAACAUCAUUUGACAGAAAAAGUAGUUCAAUACGCAGUAAUGCUAUGUAGUAAUUACUGAAUUUACGGAUUUAGCACCAAAAUAUCACAACGCAUUGAAAACAUGGACUACAAAAAUGCGUUGGAUAAUCCAGAAUGUUGGAUGAGACUACUGUAUAUACAAUAUAAAUUAGAAUAGCAUGUUAUUGGGGGAGGAGCAUCUUGGUUAUUAGAUGUUUAUAUUAGUUAUUGAUAUUAGUAUAGAUAUGACAUUGAGUAUAUUAUUAUCCUAGCACAAUGUUAAUAUUAGUUAUUCAUAUUAGUCUCAAUAUGACAAUAAUAGAGUAUAUUAUUAUCCUAGCACAAUGUUAUUACAUAGGACUAUGUUGUUGCUAGGGGGAGGGCCCCCCCACUGAGAUCCCCUGUCAUUAAUGUGUCAGACCAGGCAUUUCACUCCUACCUUUGCAUCAGAAAGCAGGCUCCCUGUGCGCUAGGCCUUCCUUUGAGGAACACAUUCACGGCUCCGCUUGAGUGUGGCAUUGAGGCCCCACUCUGGGACGGGCGGGUCCUCCCUUUGCCCUGGGCAGAUCGUGGGGGGUGGGCGGAUCUCCCUAGACGGGCAGGGGGUCGCGGCUGGCGGGACAGCGGGAUAUAAAAAUAUAAAUAUAUAUAUAUUAAAACCCUUGCACCCAAGGAAACAACUCUGGGGACCCGAGCGGCCGCUCCCAGCGCACGUCACGGGCAUUUUAAACAUCUCGUAGCAGCUCAGAUUAAUACCUGAACUAACCUUAACCUGCUAACCCUACUAACCCAAUUCUUAACUAGAGCAGCACUUGUAAAUAGGGCUGUUUUUGCCUGUUGGCAAGAACCAAGUUGGGAGGGGGCCUCCGGGCCUCGGGUGGGAAGAAGGCCCCCCUGUCCCUGCCCUGCGCUGGGAGCGCCCCCCCUCGGGACCCCAGUGUUUAGGUCGCCGGAUUGGAGGAGAGCGGGGACCAGAAAGCCCCUCCGCCAUCCGCCCAGGGCCAAUGGACACCCCUCCCUCCCUCCCCGGCAGCCGCGUUCCUCAUGCAACAGGGAGCCUGGUUCUGGAUGCAAACGUGGGACCCCCUUUUCUCUGUGCAGGGACCCCCACUCCCCAUAAGUAAAUGCCUGGUGGAAGGGGAUCCUCUGUCCUGGGGAGAAAAAGCGACAUGCGUCAAGCUGUGGCUUUGCUCCCGCAGUUCCCAAGAGCCCCCAAAAGCGAGAUGCUCCCUUGGUUCUGCCCUUCUGACACUUGUUUUCUCCCUUGUUCCAUGUCUCCGGAAUCGCUGAGGGAGGGGCUCCUCCUGGACAAGAGCCACGGACGGACGGACGGAGAUCACGGAGAGCAGGACGCCUUGCCUUUCCGGAUGCUGAGCUCGACCCCUUUCCAACAAUGUCAGCGUUUAAGAAUAAAACUUCCCAAAAAAAGGUGUUUUCUGGUUAUUAUUCAAACAUUGAAUUUUUGGCAGCCUUAAACAUCUAGAUUACAAUACAGUUUGUGCUGCUGCAUUUUACAAACCUGACCUUGUUUUCUACAAAUAAAAUUGAGAGAAACACCUGUGUAAGUUUUGCACUAGGCUCAGACUCAUUGUUCUGAUAGGCUGUUAUAUGGUUAUUGAAAGGCAUGUUUUUGGCAGCAUUAAACAUCUAGAUUACAAUACAGUUUGUGCUGCUGCCUUUUAUAAACCUCGUUUUCUACAAAUAAAGUCAAGAGAAACACUAAGUUUUGCACUGUGCUCAGACUCAUUGUUCUGAUAGGCUGUUAUAUGGUUAUUAUUGAAAGGCAUGUUUUUGGCAGCAUGAAACAUCUAGAUUACAAUACAGUUUGUGCUGCUGUCUUUUAUAAACCUCGUUUUCUACAAAUAAAGUCAAGAGAAACACCUGUAUAAGUUUUGCACUCAUUGUUCUGAUAUUUUGUUAUAUGGUUUUAUUGUUAAUAUUAUUUUUAAUGUAUGACUAUUACAUGUGACAUGGGAGCAGGAUAUAAAAAUGAAGUAUUAUUAAUAAACACCACAAUUUUCUUGCACCCCAAGUACAUCUGGCCAUUGCCAAAAAGUAUUUAACUCUGCCUACAUGGCACUAAAGUGUAUUUAUAUGUUGAUUUGUUUCUAUUGAUUGUAUGUAAUGUUUGCUUUAUUUGCAUUGAAUUUUUGCCUAGAUGUAUCUUGUAUGCCGCUCAUCUCCAUAAAUGAGCGGGAUACAAAUGAGGUUAAUAAUGUUACGAAUGUUUUAAUGUAACUCGAAUUUUAAAUUGAAUUGAAAUGUGAUUGUAAUUGUUUAUAAGUGUGUUAUCUAUUUGUCAGCCACCCUGAGUCUCCCCUUAUUGGGUGAGAAGGUCUGGGAAGAAAUACUGUCAUAAAUAAAUAAAAUAUUCUGUGUCCAGGUUGCUUCAUGGGUUGACUUCUCUGGCAGGAUUAGUCUGCAGGGCCUUUCCUGUGGGAAAGUUUACACAGGGACUACCAAGCAUGGAGCAGGGAAGGCACUGCAGACACUCCUGCGCAUGCGCGGCCUGCUCCCUAUUCGUAGGAACCUGGCCCCGCCCACUACAGGCAUUUUCUCUUCGACUGCGCGGCCUCCAUAUUUGAGGGAACUUGGCCCCGCCCACUACAGGCACCCCUUUCCCUUCUGCGGCUGCGCGGCCUCUUCCGUAUUUAAGGGAACUUGGCCCCGCCCACUACAGGCCCCCCUUUCCCUUCUGCGUCUGCGCGGCCUCCGUCACAGGGCGGCAAGAUGGUUUCCCGGCCCGAAAGUGAGUGACGGCACGGUCCCCAAGCGGAAGCGGAAGCGCAUCUCCGAAGGGAACUCCGUCUCGUCCUCCUCGUCAUCCUCCUCCUCUUCCCACCUGGAGACCACGUCAAACAACAACCAGUUUUCCCUGAUGUGGCCCAUGUACAUGCUGGACUACGGCGGCCUCAAUGUUCCGCUUCCGGGAGCCAUGAAUUAUUCGGACCUCAGUUUCUGAACCAGAACCUCAAAACAAAACAAAACAAAAGAAAUAAUGAACGGUCCAGAGAGAACGUUUCAGGGCGUAUCGUGAGGAAUGUCUUCCGGGAAGAACGCAUGAUUCAAAAGUAGUGGUUAUUAUGAUAGGAAGUAAAUAAUAAUAAAGACGCAUUUUCGACGCUGCGGUGGAUCCUUCAACCUCAUCGCCAACACCAUCUGAACACGGUAGACACACACACACACACAUAUAUAUAUAUAUCGCUCUCUUGGCUUCACAAUUGUCACACAACUCUGCUCACACUCAGUUGGUUCGCUUCCUUUCACGAUCGAAACAUUGAAUAUUGAUAUUGUGAUAUCUACGGCAGGCGAGACCUUUCACUCUGACAAUAGAUAUGGGCGAAACGUCAGGAGAGAAUGCUUCUGGAACAUGGCCAUACAGCUUGGAAAACGCACAACAACCAAUGAUUCCGGCCAUGGAAGCUUUCGACAACACACUGGGAGAUGUAGUUCUCUAGGCCUGUCGCCUCCUCUGCCAAACGACAUGCUAUAGGACCCUGGGAGGUCUAGUUUUACAAGGGCCCGAACCAGAGAGUGCUGCUGCCAUGCUGAACUGGUAUUCCCAGUGGCCCUCAAUGAAAACAGGCAUGGUUUCGGGUCAGGAAAUUUCUCUUUGCUUGUAAAACUACUCUUGAAAACAUGCCAAUGUGAGUAGAUCAAUAGAUACUGCUCCGGCGGGACGGUAACAGUGCUCCAUGCAGUCAUGCCAGUGGCUACAUGACCUUAGAGGUGUCUACGGACAAUGCUGGCUCUGAAAAGUAUUUUUUAUGAGAAAACUACAAGUCCCAGCUCCUUGAAAUUUUGUCACGAUCCGCCCACGGGCCACGGGACUACUCGUACCACGUUUCGGAUUUUUUCGACCACCGGCCGAGAUUUUGCGAAUUUUUUAAUUUAUUUUUUGAAAAGGUUUUUUACGGGAAAACUACAAGUCCCAGCUCCUUUAAAUUUUGUCACGAUCUGGCCACGGGCCACGGGACCACUCGUACCACGUUUCGGAUUUUUCCGACCACCGGCCGAGAUUUUGCGAAUUUUUUAAUUUAUUUUUGGAAAUGUAUUUUUUACGAGAAAACUACAAGUCCCAGCUCCUUGAAAUUUUGUCACCAUCCGCCCACGGGCCACGGGACUACUCGUACCACGUUUCGGAUUUUUUCGACCACCGGCCGAGAUUUUGCGAAUUUUUUAAUUUAUUUUUUGAAAUGUAUUUUUUACGAGAAAACUACAAGUCCCAGCUCCUUGAAAUUUUGUCACGAUCCGCCCACGGGCCACGGGACUACUCGUACCACGUUUCGGAUUUUUUCGACCACCGGCCGAGAUUUUGCGAAUUUUUUAAUUUAUUUUUUGAAAAGUAUUUUUUACGAGAAAACUACAAGUCCCAGCUCCUUGAAAUUUUGUCACCAUCCGCCCACGGGCCACGGGAACACUCGUACCACGUUUCGGAUUUUUUCGACCACCGGCCGAGAUUUUGCGAAUUUUUUAAUUUAUUUUUUGAAAAGUAUUUUUUACGAGAAAACUACAAGUCCCAGCUCCUUGAAAUUUUGUCACCAUCCGCCCACGGGCCACGGGAACACUCGUACCACGUUUCGGAUUUUUUCGACCACCGGCCGAGAUUUUGCGAAUUUUUUAAUUUAUUUUUUGAAAAGUAUUUUUUACGAGAAAACUACAAGUCCCAGCUCCUUGAAAUUUUGUCACGAUCCGCCCACGGGCCACGGGAACACUCGUACCACGUUUCGGAUUUUUUCGACCACCGGCCGAGAUUUUGCGAAUUUUUUAAUUUAUUUUUUGAAAUGUAUUUUUUACGAGAAAACUACAAGUCCCAGCUCCUUGAAACUUUUUCACCAUCCGCCCACGGGCCACGGGACUACUCGUACCAUGUUUCGGAUUUUUUCGACCACCGGCCGAGAUUUUGCGAAUUUUUUAAUUUAUUUUUUGAAAAGUAUUUUUUACGAGAAAACUACAAGUCCCAGCUCCUUGAAAUUUUGUCACCAUCCGCCCACGGGCCACGGGAACACUCGUACCACGUUUCGGAUUUUUUCGACCACCGGCAGAGAUUUUGCGAAUUUUUUAAUUUAUUUUUUGAAAAGUAUUUUUUACGAGAAAACUACAAGUCCCAGCUCCUUGAAAUUUUGUCACGAUCCGCCCACGGGCCACGGGAACACUCGUACCACGUUUCGGAUUUUUUCGACCACCGGCCGAGAUUUUGCGAAUUUUUUAAUUUAUUUUUUGAAAUGUAUUUUUUACGAGAAAACUACAAGUCCCAGCUCCUUGAAAUUUUGUCACCAUCCGCCCACGGGCCACGGGACUACUCGUACCACGUUUCGGAUUUUUUCGACCACCGGCCGAGAUUUGGCGAAUUUUUUAAUUUAUUUUUUGAAAUGUAUUUUUUACGAGAAAACUACAAGUCCCAGCUCCUUGAAAUUUUGUCACCAUCCGCCCACGGGCCACGGGACUACUCGUACCACGUUUCGGAUUUUUUCGACCACCGGCCGAGAUUUGGCGAAUUUUUUAAUUUAUUUUUUGAAAUGUAUUUUUUACGAGAAAACUACAAGUCCCAGCUCCUUGAAAUUUUGUCACCAUCCGCCCACGGGCCACGGGACUACUCGUACCACGUUUCGGAUUUUUUCGACCACCGGCCGAGAUUUUGCGAAUUUUUUAAUUUAUUUUUUGAAAAGUAUUUUUUACGAGAAAACUACAAGUCCCAGCUCCUUGAAAUUUUGUCACCAUCCGCCCACGGGCCACGGGACUACUCGUACCACGUUUCGGAUUUUUUCGACCACCGGCCGAGAUUUUGCGAAUUUUUUAAUUUAUUUUUUGAAAUGUAUUUUUUACGAGAAAACUACAAGUCCCAGCUCCUUGAAAUUUUGUCACCAUCCGCCCAAGGGCCACGGGAACACUCGUACCACGUUUCGGAUUUUUUCGACCACCGGCCGAGAUUUUGCGAAUUUUUUAAUUUAUUUUUUGAAAUGUAUUUUUUACGAGAAAACUACAAGUCCCAGCUCCUUGAAAUUUUGUCACCAUCCGCCCACGGGCCACGGGACUACUCGUACCACGUUUCGGAUUUUUUCGACCACCGGCCGAGAUUUUGCGAAUUUUUUAAUUUAUUUUUUGAAAAGUAUUUUUACGAGAAAACUACAAGUCCCAGCUCCUUGAAAUUUUGUCACGAUCCGCCCACGGGCCACGGGACUACUCGUACCACGUUUCGGAUUUUUUCGACCACCGGCGGAGAUUUUGCGAAUUUUUUAAUUUAUUUUUUGAAAAGUAUUUUUUACGAGAAAACUACAAGUCCCAGCUCCUUGAAAUUUUGUCACCAUCCGCCCACGGGCCACGGGACUACUCGUACCACGUUUCGGAUUUUUUCGACCACCGGCCGAGAUUUUGCGAAUUUUUUAAUUUAUUUUUUGAAAAGUAUUUUUUACGAGAAAACUACAAGUCCCAGCUCCUUGAAAUUUUGUCACCAUCCGCCCACGGGCCACGGGACUACUCGUACCACGUUUCGGAUUUUUUCGACCACCGGCCGAGAUUUUGCGAAUUUUUUAAUUUAUUUUUUGAAAUGUAUUUUUUACGAGAAAACUACAAGUCCCAGCUCCUUGAAAUUUUGUCACCAUCCGCCCACGGGCCACGGGACUACUCGUACCACGUUUCGGAUUUUUUCGACCACCGGCCGAGAUUUUGCGAAUUUUUUAAUUUAUUUUUUGAAAUGUAUUUUUUACGAGAAAACUACAAGUCCCAGCUCCUUGAAAUUUUGUCACCAUCCGCCCACGGGCCACGGGACUACUCGUACCACGUUUCGGAUUUUUUCGACCACCGGCCGAGAUUUUGCGAAUUUUUUAAUUUAUUUUUUGAAAUGUAUUUUUUACGAGAAAACUACAAGUCCCAGCUCCUUGAAAUUUUGUCACCAUCCGCCCACGGGCCACGGGACUACUCGUACCACGUUUUGGAUUUUUUCGACCACCGGCCGAGAUUUUGCGAAUUUUUUAAUUUAUUUUUUGAAAUGUAUUUUUUACGAGAAAACUACAAGUCCCAGCUCCUUGAAAUUUUGUCACGAUCCGCCCACGGGCCACGGGACUACUCGUACCACGUUUCGGAUUUUUUCGACCACCGGCCGAGAUUUUGCGAAUUUUUUAAUUUAUUUUUUGAAAAGUAUUUUUUACGAGAAAACUACAAGUCCCAGCUCCUUGAAAUUUUGUCACGAUCCGCCCACGGGCCACGGGAACACUCGUACCACGUUUCGGAUUUUUUCGACCACCGGCCGAGAUUUUGCGAAUUUUUUAAUUUAUUUUUUGAAAUGUAUUUUUUACGAGAAAACUACAAGUCCCAGCUCCUUGAAAUUUUGUCACCAUCCGCCCACGGGCCACGGGAACACUCGUACCACGUUUCGGAUUUUUUCGACCACCGGCCGAGAUUUUGCGAAUUUUUUAAUUUAUUUUUUGAAAUGUAUUUUUUACGAGAAAACUACUAGUCCCAGCUCCUUGAAAUUUUGUCACGAUCCGCCCACGGGCCACGGGAACACUCGUACCACGUUUCGGAUUUUUUCGACCACCGGCCGAGAUUUUGCGAAUUUUUUAAUUUAUUUUUUGAAAAGUAUUUUUUACGAGAAAACUACAAGUCCCAGCUCCUUGAAAUUUUGUCACCAUCCGCCCACGGGCCACGGGAACACUCGUACCACGUUUCGGAUUUUUUCGACCACCGGCCGAGAUUUUGCGAAUUUUUUAAUUUAUUUUUUGAAAUGUAUUUUUUACGAGAAAACUACAAGUCCCAGCUCCUUGAAAUUUUGUCACCAUCCGCCCACGGGCCACGGGAACACUCGUACCACGUUUCGGAUUUUUUCGACCACCGGCCGAGAUUUUGCGAAUUUUUUAAUUUAUUUUUUGAAAUGUAUUUUUUACGAGAAAACUACAAGUCCCAGCUCCUUGAAAUUUUGUCACGAUCCGCCCACGGGCCACGGGAACACUCGUACCACGUUUCGGAUUUUUUCGACCACCGGCCGAGAUUUUGCGAAUUUUUUAAUUUAUUUUUUGAAAUGUAUUUUUUACGAGAAAACUACAAGUCCCAGCUCCUUGAAAUUUUGUCACCAUCCGCCCACGGGCCACGGGAACACUCGUACCACGUUUCGGAUUUUUUCGACCACCGUCCGAGAUUUUGCGAAUUUUUUAAUUUAUUUUUUGAAAUGUAUUUUUUACGAGAAAACUACAAGUCCCAGCUCCUUGAAAUUUUGUCACCAUCCGCCCACGGGCCACGGGACUACUCGUACCACGUUUCGGAUUUUUUCGACCACCGGCCGAGAUUUUGCGAAUUUUUUAAUUUAUUUUUUGAAAUGUAUUUUUUACGAGAAAACUACAAGUCCCAGCUCCUUGAAAUUUUGUCACGAUCCGCCCACGGGCCACGGGACUACUCGUACCACGUUUCGGAUUUUUUCGACCACCGGCCGAGAUUUUGCGAAUUUUUUAAUUUAUUUUUUGAAAUGUAUUUUUUACGAGAAAACUACAAGUCCCAGCUCCUUGAAACGUUUUCACCAUCCGCCCACGGGCCACGGGACUACUCGUACCACGUUUCGGAUUUUUUCGACCACCGGCCGAGAUUUUGCGAAUUUUUUAAUUUAUUUUUUGAAAUGUAUUUUUUACGAGAAAACUACAAGUCCCAGCUCCUUGAAAUUUUGUCACCAUCCGCCCACGGGCCACGGGACUACUCGUACCACGUUUCGGAUUUUUUCGACCACCGGCCGAGAUUUUGCGAAUUUUUUAAUUUAUUUUUUGAAAUGUAUUUUUUACGAGAAAACUACAAGUCCCAGCUCCUUGAAAUUUUGUCACCAUCCGCCCACGGGCCACGGGACUACUCGUACCACGUUUCGGAUUUUUUCGACCACCGGCCGAGAUUUUGCGAAUUUUUUAAUUUAUUUUUUGAAAUGUAUUUUUUACGAGAAAACUACAAGUCCCAGCUCCUUGAAAUUUUGUCACCAUCCGCCCACGGGCCACGGGACUACUCGUACCACGUUUCGGAUUUUUUCGACCACCGGCCGAGAUUUUGCGAAUUUUUUAAUUUAUUUUUUGAAAAUUUUUUUUUACGAGAAAACUACAAGUCCCAGCUCCUUGAAAUUUUGUCACCAUCCGCCCACGGGCCACGGGACGACUCGUACCACGUUUCGGAUUUUUUCGACCACCGGCCGAGAUUUUGCGAAUUUUUUAAUUUAUUUUUUGAAAUGUAUUUUUUACGAGAAAACUACAAGUCCCAGCUCCUUGAAAUUUUGUCACCAUCCGCCCACGGGCCACGGGACUACUCGUACCACGUUUUGGAUUUUUUCGACCACCGGCCGAGAUUUUGCGAAUUUUUUAAUUUAUUUUUUGAAAUGUAUUUUUUACGAGAAAACUACAAGUCCCAGCUCCUUGAAAUUUUGUCACGAUCCGCCCACGGGCCACGGGACUACUCGUACCACGUUUCGGAUUUUUUCGACCACCGGCCGAGAUUUUGCGAAUUUUUUAAUUUAUUUUUUGAAAAGUAUUUUUUACGAGAAAACUACAAGUCCCAGCUCCUUGAAAUUUUGUCACCAUCCGCCCACGGGCCACGGGAACACUCGUACCACGUUUCGGAUUUUUUCGACCACCGGCCGAGAUUUUGCGAAUUUUUUAAUUUAUUUUUUGAAAUGUAUUUUUUACGAGAAAACUACAAGUCCCAGCUCCUUGAAAUUUUGUCACCAUCCGCCCACGGGCCACGGGAACACUCGUACCACGUUUCGGAUUUUUUCGACCACCGGCCGAGAUUUUGCGAAUUUUUUAAUUUAUUUUUUGAAAAGUAUUUUUUACGAGAAAACUACAAGUCCCAGCUCCUUGAAAUUUUGUCACGAUCCGCCCACGGGCCACGGGAACACUCGUACCACGUUUCGGAUUUUUUCGACCACCGGCCGAGAUUUUGCGAAUUUUUUAAUUUAUUUUUUGAAAUGUAUUUUUUACGAGAAAACUACAAGUCCCAGCUCCUUGAAACUUUUUCACCAUCCGCCCACGGGCCACGGGACUACUCGUACCACGUUUCGGAUUUUUUCGACCACCGGCCGAGAUUUUGCGAAUUUUUUAAUUUAUUUUUUGAAAAGUAUUUUUUACGAGAAAACUACAAGUCCCAGCUCCUUGAAAUUUUGUCACCAUCCGCCCACGGGCCACGGGAACACUCGUACCACGUUUCGGAUUUUUUCGACCACCGGCCGAGAUUUUGCGAAUUUUUUAAUUUAUUUUUUGAAAAGUAUUUUUUACGAGAAAACUACAAGUCCCAGCUCCUUGAAAUUUUGUCACCAUCCGCCCACGGGCCACGGGAACACUCGUACCACGUUUCGGAUUUUUUCGACCACCGGCCGAGAUUUUGCGAAUUUUUUAAUUUAUUUUUUGAAAUGUAUUUUUUACGAGAAAACUACAAGUCCCAGCUCCUUGAAACUUUUUCACCAUCCGCCCACGGGCCACGGGACUACUCGUACCACGUUUCGGAUUUUUUCGACCAUCGGCCGAGAUUUUGCGAAUUUUUUAAUUUAUUUUUUGAAAUGUAUUUUUUACGAGAAAACUACAAGUCCCAGCUCCUUGAAAUUUUGUCACGAUCCGCCCACGGGCCACGGGACUACUCGUACCACGUUUCGGAUUUUUUCGACCACCGGCCGAGAUUUGGCGAAUUUUUUAAUUUAUUUUUUGAAAUGUAUUUUUUACGAGAAAACUACAAGUCCCAGCUCCUUGAAAUUUUGUCACCAUCCGCCCACGGGCCACGGGACUACUCGUACCACGUUUCGGAUUUUUUCGACCACCGGCCGAGAUUUUGCGAAUUUUUUAAUUUAUUUUUUGAAAAGUAUUUUUUACGAGAAAACUACAAGUCCCAGCUCCUUGAAAUUUUGUCACCAUCCGCCCACGGGCCACGGGACUACUCGUACCACGUUUCGGAUUUUUUCGACCACCGGCCGAGAUUUUGCGAAUUUUUAAAUUUAUUUUUUGAAAAGUAUUUUUUACGAGAAAACUACAAGUCCCAGCUCCUUGAAAUUUUGUCACCAUCCGCCCACGGGCCACGGGACUACUCGUACCACGUUUCGGAUUUUUUCGACCACCGGCG